ACCAACGAAAACGAAACGAAACGAAAAAGAACUGUGGGACGGGAGGGACUCGGAGACGGCGGCACGCAGGGACUCGGCGGCGGCGGCGGCAACACAGGGACUCGGCGGCGGCGGCAACGCAGGAACUCCGCGGCGGCAAGCCAGAAACGCAGGGCCCACAUCAGUGAUGUCGACGAGGGUGGCGAUGAAGAGUUGGUUCAUGGAGACGCUUAACUCCGUGAGGGCGACUCUGCUGGAGCACCGGGCUGCUCUAGAGCAGCUGGGUAACGCCAUGGGACAGGUCUCGUACGCAAAUGAGCUACAGGUGCAAGCCUUGAUCGCCGUCCAGGUGGUUCUCGACGAGGCGUACAUGGCUCUCGGAGAUGCCUUCUCGAGGCUGACUGCCGCCCACGCCUUGACCAACUCCACCAGCCGUUUGGUCCCUGCAGGUGGUGGCAAAGUGCGCGCUGCGCCCCAUAUCGCCGAUGCCUCCCAGCACGUGCAGGUGGCGCAGGAGUCGCUCAAGUGCCUCAACGUUCACGUGAGGGCAAUGGUGGUGCUCUUCACGAGCGAAACCACCAAGGCUGGUCUGGUUGGCAACCAAGUUGACAUCGCCCGGGGUCUUGUGGGCGGGAUACUCGUGCGUUGGGAUAGGGCGCUGGUGUCCAUUGCCAAUGCCCGCGACGAAUUUAACUAGGCCGGACUUAUUCCUUAACCAGCAAGUUUUGUUCAUUCUCCAUAACUGAUGGAUGUGGCCAAGCCAUCGAAGGGGGUGGGAUCCUUUGCAUUGGCGGUUGAAGCCAAGUUCUCACCAGUCGUUUAAUUUAUCUAUGCUCUCAGUUUAUCGAAUCUAAAAAUUUCGGUCUGUUUAAUCUGCUGCUAUUAUAUGUAUUGAAUUCUUAGACUGCCAUGGCUAGCGUAGCUUCAUUAGGGAGGGCAAUGUAGUUGUCUAAUUAAUAUUGUGGCUGCAUCUCAUUUGUGGAUGAUCGAAUUCAAACUGCAGAAGCGCAUGUCAAAAUUGGCAUAUUGAACAUGCUCUGUAGUCAUGUUAUGUGGUGUGGAUUUGUUCCGAUCCUAGGGUAGCAGUUUUUAUCAAUGACCUGCAUCCCCAGUUUGUUAA